AUGGAUGACGGGGCUGGAGCAAGCUGCGGCGAGGGCUCGCCGCCACCGGCGACGGGGCCGGAGCGUCGUUACAAGGGCGUGCGUCUGCGGAAAUGGGGCCGCUGGGUGUCGGAGAUCCGGAUGCCCAACAGCCGCGAGAGGAUCUGGCUGGGCUCGUACGAGUCCGCCGAGAAGGCGGCGCGGGCGUUCGACGCGGCUGCGGUCUGCCUCCGCGGCUCCCGCGCCGGGUCGCUCAAUUUCCCGGACUCCCCGCCCAACGUCCGGCACAUCCCUGGCGCGCUGCUGACGCCUGAACAGAUUCAGGCUGAGGCCACGAGGCACGCCAACCUUCAUGCCAGUUCGGUCAUUACGGCGGCGACAACUGCAGCGUCGCAGGAAGCGGCGCCCACGGAAGGAGCGAGCAAUAACAUGACGACCCUGUCUGUGCCGUCGAUUGGCGGUAGUGGUGCUGCAAUCUGCGCUGGUGACGACGCACUUGAUUGGUCUUUCAUGGAUACAUUGCCAUUAGCUCCAGCGUCGUCGACGGGGACCAAUGCCGAGCUCGUUCGAGCCAUGGAUGAUUUCAUGUACGGGUCCCCGCACCCAGUGCUGCCGCCGAGUGAAGAGGCAGCAGUGGAUAUGAUUGACGGCGAUGAUGAUCACACAUUCAUCUCAGACGACCUUUGGCGGUUCUGA